AUGCCUAUCGGCAUUGAACGACUCAAUUCGAGGCACCUCCAGCCUUCGUCUCAAAUCGUCUUCAUCAAGCCUUUGGCUGGUUCCGAUGCAGAUUUCGCGAGAGACUUCCUCGAGCGAAUCGCCGCAAUAUGUCAUCCCAUCAUGAAGUCAAAUCAUCUGUCUAUUAUGACACUCGAAGAACAUGAAGCCAACACUGAAUUCAUUGGCCGAAAUUUUAAUGCUGGUGAAAUCAUACAACUCGUUCUCAAAUCAUACCGAACAGGCCAGUGGCUUAGCUUCAAGACGGUACAAAUGAUAAUGAUGCAUGAGCUCGCUCACUGCGCGCAGAUGAAUCAUUCAAGGGCAUUCUGGAAAGUAAGGAAUGACUACGCAGCCGAGCUCAGAGGGUUGUGGCAAAAGAAUUAUACAGGAGAUGGUCUCUGGGGACGAGGACAGACUCUACUCAGCGGCAGAUAUGACACAGGACGAAGGGCUGAAGAGGACUUGCUGCCCGAGAAUUUGUGCGGCGGAGCCUAUCGUAGUUCGAGAAGGAGGAAGAGAAAGCGAGGACCGGCGGCUACGGACAAGAAGCCCGAACCCUUCGCGGAGCGGCAGCAAAGGAGGGUCGCUAAGAAGUUUGGCGUCGCAGGUCAAACACUGGGAGGAGAUCAAGAGACGAGAGUGAAGCUAGAGAAGGGCCAGAGCGUCAAGGCAAAGCCUAAAGUGGCCAACAGCUCACGAGGGCGAGAAUUACGUGUGGCAGCUGCACUAGCACGGUUUGGGCAACAAGAGGAGGACACAUUAGACGAUGCAAAGCCAAAAGAGGACUUGAAGAAGGAUCAGUCAAAGCUAUCAAGCGACACUGAAGACGAUUCGGAAAACAGUGAUGUUGAGAGCGUCUUAAAAGAUCACAAAGGACAGAGGAUCCAAGAUCAAGAAGGCCGCGAUAUGAUUAGAGUAUGUGGCACCGAGGAUGAAGAUGACGAAGCGGUAAAGCAAGAACGAGAUGAAUUGCAAGGGUUAAAUGGCGCUGAAAGCAGUGAUCCUUCGCACACAAAUGUUGUCAAGCCGAUAGCGGCAGUCAGAGGAUCGGACCCUCAUGACCAAUCGACAAUAGCUACGGCUUCUUCAACCCGGGACCAGCCUCUAUCAGUGAUUGAGCCGUCAGAAACACAGUCCGAACAAGUUUGUUCUCCAAUAUGUUCCAUGGGAAAUGCUGCUGGUUCAGCUCUCUGCGUAGCAUGCUCUCACGUUCUAGACGUCUCUUUAAUCGCUAAUCACUGGCGAUGUCAGAAGGAAACAUGUAAGGAAAGUGACUACGUCAACGCUGGCGACUUUGGGCGUUCCGGUGUAUGUGGUGCCCACAAAGCUUCUGAUCCUCCUGAAUGA